UCAGCCUCGUUUCCUUCCUCCAAAUCAACAACAAUGGUUCUGUUCACUUUAAAAUUCUACGGCAUGGCCAUCUUGCUUUUCUUUGGAGUGCUGUGGAACAUCUUCAACCUGGUGGCCACUGUGGUCCAACACGGGAACUCCAGGGGCCUCCAGACAUCGAGUCUGGCCAUCCUGUUCAUCUCCUUCAGCAACGUGCUGCUCUUCCUCUCUACGUUCGGCAUCAUCGUGAUGAUGUUGACGGGUCUGCUUUGCUGGCAGGAACUGCCGAUGUUCUUCUGUGUGGUCCUGUAUGUGUGGCUGGCCAGCAGCAGCGUGAGUUUCUGGUCCAUCGCCUGGCUGAGCGUGUUCUACUGCAUGAAGGUCGUCAGCUUCUCCUCUGCUCUACUUGGGACGAUCAAGAACAACAUCUCGACCAUCAUCAAUGCGACUCUCGUUUUGACGGUCCUGAGCUCCUGUGUGAUGUUCGCACCCUUCCUCUCUCUGACGUACCGCAACGAAACCACCAUAACCCCUCUCACGGAGAACAUAACUUGUGUGAUAAGGAAACCGUUAUUCCCUUCAUGGAUGAACAUGAACCUCUAUGUGCUGAUGUUUAUCUGCUAUCUCGCUCUGUUCCCUGUGAUGGUCAUGCUACCGACCUCUCUCAGGAUGGUGGUUCAUCUCUGCAAACACACUAUGUCCAUGAGGAAAAAGCAGAAUGAGUUCCAGAGUACAGAUUCCUACGUCCUUGUGUGCAGGCUCACUGUGGCCCUGGUUGGGGUGUACAUUGUCACUCUGUCCGUCAUAUGCCUUUUCUUCUUAUAUUCACUGUUUGUUUCUCAGCUCACAGCAGACUAUUUGUUUAUGGGUUACUCUUUCUAUUGCAGUGCAACUGCAGUUCUGUUGACCAUCUCCAACAAGUCGCUAAGGGAGAAACUGUGUGUUCUGUUUUGUUGUGAGAAACCAUCAAAGCCGUUAGUCCGGAGUCGAGAUGAAAAGAGCAGAGAAACUAGAGCGGCGUAA